AUGCUGUUCACUCGUCAGUUGCUGUGGCCGGCGCUGACAUCGCUGGCCAUCGGAGUGGCAGCAGAUUACCAAAUCACGACUGCAAGUUUGACAGCUUCUACGGCUAUAUAUACCACGACUUCGGCAACAUCAACCGCCUCUUCUACUGGCGCUGUAACUCAUACCGUCAAGGUCGGCCCCAAGGAGAGUCCUAUGUCCUAUGUGCCAAGGAACAUCACUGCAGCUGUCGGCGAUGUCGUGGUCUUCGAAUUCUACCCCACCAAUCACUCCGUAGUGAAAGCAGACUAUCUCGCGCCCUGUGUGCCAACUGGCAAUGACCUCUUUUACUCUGGAAUGUUCGAGACGUUCGAUGAAGUCAAUGGUAACGCUGUAGGCCCGCUUCCAACAUGGAAUCUGACUAUCAACGACACUUCGGUAUGUAUUCCCUGCAAACGACACUAUGUCCACGGGUAUAAAGAAGGGGCUAAUAUUAAUAACGUCCAGCCAAUUUUCUAUUACUGUACAGCCCCAAACUCAUGUCUUGAGAAUGGCAUGGUCGGGGUCAUCAACGAGGUAAAUGCGAUUCCCGCCCUGAAUGAAAGAUAA